AAGACCGAGUCAGCGGGCUUGUCCAGCAAGUUCAUAAAAGUGAAGCAACAAGUGCAGGGCCGAAUUUAAAUUGCAAAGCAGCAGCAGUGUGCUAAACUAGCCAGGCCAGCAGCUGGCACUUUCUCCGAGGCCAGAAAGCGGAGUCAAGAAGUUUUCCCAACCAUCGUUUCAGCAGUCAACGUUGGCAACUGGUUGCGCGAGCAAUGGAAAAAUCGCCUCUAAAGUUUCCCCAUGAAAUUCGCGAUGUGGAGGAGAGCACAAAUGCGGAGCUAUUGGAAUACUUUAAUGGUGAAAGAACUGGCUUUGUUCAGGUCGGAUCGGAGGGAUAUUUCUUUCCUCAUAAGUACAAAGAAGAGGCCGAUAGGUAUUACAACUUUGAGGCACGACCUGAUGACAUCUGGAUAGCCACGGUGCCUAGAUCGGGCACCACUUGGACACAAGAGCUCAUUUGGCUGGUGGCCAAUGGUUUGGAUUUUGAGCAGGCCCAGCGGCGACCGCUCACCGAACGCUUUCCAUUCUUCGAAUUUCCCUUGUUUAUGCAUCCCAAGGUAAAGGAGGAGCUACAGAAUGAGAAUAGAGAUUCAGGUGAAGCUGUGGACUUCAUUGAGAAGAUCUCCCGACCUGGCUACGAGACGCUGAUGGAAAUGCCCCGCUCCCAGCGACGAUUUAUCAAAACCCACUUUCCUUUUUCUCUACUCCCGCCCAGUGUCAUGGAAAAUAGGUGCAAGGUCAUCUAUGUGGUUCGCGAUCCCAAGGAUGUAGCCGUUUCCUAUUACCAUUUAAACAGGCUCUUCCGGACUCAGGGUUACGUGGGAGACUUCGAGCGUUACUGGCGCUACUUUCAACGUGGAUUGAAUCCAUGGCUGCCCUAUUACAGCCAUGUAAAAGAAGCAAAAGAGCAUGCCCAGCUGUCCAACGUGCUCUUCCUGCGCUACGAGGACAUGCUGGUGGAUCUGCCCGGCACGGUUUACAGCAUAGCCAACUUCCUAGAGUGCCCGCCGAAGCCCGAGGACCUGGAUAGGCUACUUGAUCAUCUGAGUAUCAAAAAUUUUCGCGAGAACAAGUCUGUAAACAUGAACGAGAUGGCCUCCGUAGGCAUCCUUAACAAAGGAGAGGCAGGAUUCGUGCGCAGCGGAACCAAAACAGAGUGUCAGCCACAAAAGGAGUUUGUCGACAAUCCCAAACUUUUGAAGAGCGCGAACGAAUGGGUGGAAGAGAACGUUAAAUGCUUAAAAACCAUAUAAUAUACCUAACUUUCUUGACUA